AUGGAUAGGGUGGAAAUAUCUGUGCUUAGGGAAUUUUGUCCCAAACUUUUAUGCCAUUGGUCAGAAGAUAGAGCAGUGGAUUUUGUUGGUAAGUGUUGCGACAUGAGUGCGACUGGGAUUUGUUGGCUGUGGGACUGGUUUUUGGCACAGAUCAAGGGUAAUGACCCUCCUUCCCACAAGAUCUCCCUAAUUAUAGCAAAUUUUUUGUUGCAUAAAUUGCCAAAGUCUCAUAAACUUCCCCCCUUCAUCCCCUUAAAGCUCAUAACCAUACAUGCCGACUCCAACAUUAAACAGGUUUCUAGCGUUGCCACUGAGAUUGCCAAUCGCAAUCCAUCAACCGCACCCAGUUUACUAAUCAAGCCACUAAAUAAAGUUUUACAGUUCAAAAUUUACGAUCCAGAUUAUUCACAAUUGGUGUCUUCAUUAUCAUAUCUAUUGUUAAAAUCACUGGAUAAACACAACCCCAAGGCAUCUUAUAAGGCAAUAGAAUCGAUUUUAGCAUGUGAUAUUGAAAAUUUACAACGUUUUUUUGUGAUAGAUAACUUUUUAAGCCUAAUAUUGUUCACAGUAUCAACACCGUUUCACAAGGGAAUGUCAACCUUUUACAGCACCGAAAGUUACUUAAAGUGUCUAAAUUUAUCACAAAAAAUCGAUAUUUUCACUACUAGAAACUACCAACACUCUAUAUUUCACUAUCUCAUGCAUUGGUCAACACAAUUAUCGACGAGAAACAUAUCGCAUCUAUUCUACAAAAUACACGAUUACUACCUAAAUUCAUUGAACAUUGACACUGCGAAUGUUUCAUCCAAGUUUGAAUAUGAAAGGGAUAAAUUGUGUUUUGGGGCGUUCAUUAUUGCAUUAUUUUGUAGAAACGCCAAUUCCCAAUCUAUAGAUUUCUUCGAGUCACUGUACCUCAUUUUGUGCAAAUCUAACGAAGCUGGGUUAUUCUCAUUUGUGCCCUUGGAUAACGAUCCACUGCACAUUAUUAAAUCGAUAGAAUUGCCUUUUAAAUUAUUCAAUUUAUUACUACAAAUAGCUGAUGAUAACAGUAACAAUGGCGAAAUUUGUAAAAGUGUGUGGAAAAAUAUUAAACUCCUAUUCGAAAUCAACCUACAUCAGAUAGACUUAACACAUUUUGUUUCACUCAUAUCAAAAUGCUUUCCUAUUAAUGAGCAGGAAUUCUACACAAACGCCAGUGAUUCAUUACAUUAUGUUUUGGAUUCAUUUUGUCACGCUGAUAAUGACAUCCAAUUAUGCGACAAUAUCUAUUUGGACACGCUAAUUGGUUUAAUGUCAAGCUUAUACAAACUUGGAGAUUUACAUACAUUUUUCUCCACUCUAUCACACAAUAUACCUUUCUAUUUCGUGUUAUGCCCUGGUGUGGUGAAGAUUAUACAGCAUUGCGCAAACGAUUUUACGGAUAAUUCCAAAGUGUUUGAGUCACUGGUACAAUUGUUGAAUAGUUACAGCAACGAUAUUAACUUGGUGCUCAUUUUAAGGAUUUUUAUAUCAGCCUUUUUGCUUUCUAUUAAUAUCAAAGAUAAUCUCUGCUCUAGAAAUUUUUUAGCCUCCUUCUCUAAAUUCAUAAGUCAAAUCAAUUUGCAAGAGUUGGCUAUCGAUACUAAUGAUUUGCUAAAUACAUCAGUAUACUUAUUUGUAUUAUCACUAUUUGUGAUAAUUAGGAAAAUUGAAGCCUGUUUCACAUACACCAGUGGUUACACACGAUACAACCAGGUUAAUCACUUGACCAAUAUAUUGUUUGCCGCAGAAAGGCUGGUGAAUUUUAAUUCCAGGCUUGCAUCAUACCAACUAAAGCUCUGUGGUUUAUCAUUAGUCCAUGUGUCGCUUUAUUAUGCCACACGUAUGUUUAAUAAUGAAGACUUAUGGGCAAUAGACCCAGUGACAAAUUUGUCUGAGAAACUGCACAAAUUAUCACUACAAUUAUCACUUGAUGACGUUAAACACUUUUAUUUGCUUUACAUGUCAAAUGCCCAUUUGUUUGACAUAUAUGGAAUAAGGGUACCGACCAAUCUGGCUGUAAUAUCGCAAAUUUUAAAUGAGCACCCGAAUCUACAAGUUAAUCCAGCCCUUAUUACAACCUUGAUUAGUGAAAAAGAUUUGUGUGAUAUACUAGAACCAACUGCACUAAAUAGUGUUAAUAUGUCUGGCAUAUCGCAGCUUGUAGCCUGUAUUGAGAAUCCUACAUGCAAUGUUUUGAAUCGAAUCGUAAAAUGCCUUAACAAAACUAGCGAUAUGAGGUGUAAGCGAGUACUGCUGUGCACUGUAGAAAAAUUAUCACAUAAAAAAUCACUCCAACAAACAAUUGUCUGCCAUUUGUUCAACGAACUUAUUUACCCGCUUGAUAAGCAGGUUUGCGGCAAUUGUCAAAGUAAAUGCCAAAAAUUGGAUGAGAUAAAAUUAUCAUUGGGAGAGUGUGAAUCACUAUUGUUUGCCCAUUUGAAUGAUGAAUUAUGUUAUAUAUUGCUUGAAAAAUCGCUAAAUUACGUUUUCCAUGUACAUUUAAAGGAACAUACCAACUACGAUGAAAUUAUGGUGUUUUUAACAUAUCAGCUGCUUAGACACCUUUGCAAUUUCGAGUUUCCCGUACAUGGAGCCACAAAUUGCAAUUACUGUGGCAUCCAUAUGAAAAGAAAAGAUGUGUUUUUGCACGCAAUCAAUGCCCUGGAUUUGACAUGCACUGCCAAUAUCUUUAGAAAUUUACCCAAGCACAAGAUGUUGGAGAAAUAUAUUUCACUGUUACUGCGUGAAUCAAUGAAGUUGGAGAAUAAUUUAAUCGCAAUGAAGGAUUACCUUAAUAAUAGCUUAUCAAAGGAAUCUCUCGACGUGUGUAUUGGAUUUAUAAGGCUAAUUGCAAUGGAUAGCACUAGGCAGAUAAAUCCACAAUUAUCUUUAGAACUGCUUAAAAAGGCAAAUGAAUUGGAUUUAUCACCAAAUAACAUCUUAUCCUUGGGGCCUACCGUUGGAUCGGUUAGUGCAUUAAUUGAAUACUUGACACUUUGCACAAAAAAUAAUGGUGUUAUAAAUGUUGAUGAAUCACUUUAUUAUAUCGUUAAAAAUGUAAUGCAAAGUGACCAUUUAAAGAUUGGGGAGGAUAUAAUUAGUGCUGUGAGUACUAAUUUUUUGCAAGAUACCCGCUCCAACGUAAUUUUAAAAUUGUUUAUAUGCGAUUCUGUCCUAAAGGCAUCAAGAGGUAUUUACAAUCCGUCAGCCAAGAAUAAGGGGGAGUUAUUUAACAUGGUUACACGAUCAUUUAAAAAUUCCCUAGAAUUUAUCAUCAAUAAUUGCCACCUGUAUGACUGUGGAUGGAUAUACGUGUACUUUUGUAAAAUUGUCUGUUCGCUGUACUAUAGGAUGAGGAAAUCCAGCCUUAGUACAAUAGGAUACAUAAAUGUUCAUAAUCAUGUAGUAGUGUGUGACAUAUUGAUAAAUUUAUCUACACUAGCCCAUAAAUUUAAGCAAUACAAUGCAAAAUUAUUGGCUAGGCAUUCAUUUAUGUGUAUAUAUUCAUUGCUAAACUAUGGCAAUGGCGCAUCGCAAGCACAAAUAUUGAGAUUAUUAAAUUUGUGGGUGAACAAGAUCCCAAACAUUAUCGUAUCAUGUAAGCAUUUGGCAAAACUAUCAUCCGGUAUUGAUGGCGUUAAAUUGUUACUGGAUAUUGUCAAGUUGAUGAGGAAUAAGAAGAUCAUCGACUCAACCAAACGAUAUAUACCACUACUGCUAACAUUCAUAUUGGAACAAGUUCGGGCAAUGGCUAUACCAACACCCGGUGAGAACGAGGACCUGGGAGGCGGCGAGAAUUCAUGGAUCUUAUUGAGCAUAAAGCGCCAAGUACAACUUUCGCUCGAGGCAUGUGGCCCAAAAAUAGUGCAAGAAUGGUACUACGAUUUACCAAACUACUUGAGGAUAUACCUGAAACAAUUUGGGAUUAAGCUAUCCGCAAGCAGCAAAUACAAGAGCCCCUGA